UUAUUUGCAGCUGGGCCAACUCGGCGGCGCAGGCGGCGGCGGAGCGCGGGGCGCUAGCGGCCGGUCCAGCUGCCGCCGACUAUGCCCGAGCCCACCUCCGGGCAGCCGCCGCACGCCGCCCGGCCCCCGGCUGGGGACGAUGCCAGACGCCCGGGAGAGGCCAGGGCAGCGGCAGCGGCGCGAUGGUAGUGACAAGCUCUGCCCGAGGCGGCGGCGGGGACCGCGCGCCCUCCAGGCGGCGGGGCUGCGGACUCUCGGCGCCCGGGGCCGCGGCGCUGCUGGCCGGGGCGAGCUGCCUGUGCUACGGCCGCUCCCUGCAGGGCGAGUUCGUGCACGACGACGUGUGGGCGAUCGUCAACAACCCCGACGUGCGGCCCGGCGCCCCGCUGCUCUGGGGCAUCUUCUCCAACGACUUCUGGGGCAAGGGCAUGGCGGAGAACACCAGCCACAAGUCCUACCGGCCGCUCUGCGUCCUCACCUUCAAGCUAAACAUCUUUUUGACUGGCAUGAACCCAUUCUACUUUCAUGCAGUAAAUGUCAUUUUACACUGCCUAGUGACCCUUGUGCUGAUGUACACCUGUGACAAAACUGUCUUCAAGAAUCGUGGACUUGCUUUCCUUACAGCAUUGCUUUUUGCUGUGCAUCCUGUUCACACAGAGGCGGUGGCCGGAAUUGUUGGCAGAGCUGACGUGUUGGCAUGCUUGCUGUUUCUGUUAGCCUUUCUCUCCUACAGUAGGAGUGUGGACCAGUGCUGUGUUGGGGAAUGUUUCCCUCCCACGGCUUCUCCCUUCUACUUGCUGCUCAGUCUGUUUCUGGGGACCUGCGCGAUGCUGGUGAAAGAGACAGGCAUCACGGUGUUCGGCGUGUGCUUGGUUUAUGAUCUCUUUUCUUUAUCCCACAAUCAUGAUAAAUCGAGCAAUGGGGUCGUCCAUCAGCGCAGCCCACAGCGGCCCGGUAGCUCCCUGCCCACCGCACCGCCAGCGCACCCUCUCCGGGAGAAUGGGAAGCAGCAGCGGUUCCCUCACAAAGGAGCUUGGGGUGGCUGCCACACUCCAUUGCCACCUGAACCCAAGAGCAGCGGAUUCCCUGUGUCUCCUCGAGCUGUGUGGUCCUUGAUGAGGUAUCUGACAGCAAGCAGCAAUAGAAAUUUCUUGCUUACCAUGAGGCCAUUCUUAAAAAGGGCCAUUUUGGUCGUAAGUUAUGUGAUUGUUGUUCUGUACUUCCGUCUGUGGAUAAUGGGAGGAUCUAUGCCCCUCUUUUCAGAGCAGGAUAAUCCAGCUUCAUUUUCACCUUACAUUCUUACAAGAUUCCUUACCUAUUCCUACCUCUUGGCCUUCAACGUGUGGCUUCUGCUUGCACCUGUUACCCUGUGCUAUGACUGGCAGGUGGGCAGUAUUCCUCUGGUAGAGACCAUAUGGGACACGCGGAACUUAGCCACCGUCCUUCUGGCAGUUGUGAUGGCCUUACUGAGCCUUCAUUGUUUAGCAGCCUUCAAGAGACUGGAGCACAGGGAAGUUUUGGUGGGCUUGUUGUUCCUGGUUUUCCCGUUCAUCCCAGCCAGCAACCUCUUCUUCAGGGUGGGUUUCGUGGUGGCCGAGAGAGUCCUAUACAUGCCUAGCAUGGGCUACUGCAUCCUUUUCGUGCACGGAAUGAGCAAGCUGUGCACGUGGCUGCAUCGCUGUGGGGCUGCCACCCUGAGCGUGUCCACUGUGCUGCUGCUGCUGCUCUUCUCCUGGAAAACCAUGAAACAGAAUGAAAUUUGGCUGUCGAGAGAGUCCCUAUUCAGGUUGUAUCCACGCCAUGCAAGUGCCCUGAACAACCUUGGAACACUGACCAGAGACACAGCAGAGGCAAAGAUGUACUAUCAGAGGGCUCUCCAGCUAAAUCCACAGCACAACCGGGCUCUUUUCAAUCUUGGGAAUCUCCUUAGGUCUCAGGAGAAAAAGGAAGAGGCUAUCACCUUACUGAAAGAUUCCAUUAAAUAUGGUCCCGAGUUUGCAGAUGCAUAUUCAAGCUUAGCUUCAUUACUGGCUGAGCAGGAGAGGUUUAAGGAAGCUGAGGAAAUAUACCAGGCUGGAAUAAAGAACUGCCCAGAUAGCUCAGACUUACACAACAACUAUGGAGUUUUCCUAGUUGAUACUGGCUCUCCAGAGAAGGCAGUGGCCCAUUACCAACAGGCCAUCAAACUUAGCCCAAGCCAUCAUGUGGCCAUGGUGAACCUGGGGAGACUCUACAGGUCACUGGGAGACAACAGCGUGGCUGAAGAAUGGUACAAACGCGCCUUGCAGGUGGCACGCAAAGCUGAGAUAUUAUCACCGUUGGGAGCUCUAUAUUACAACACUGGCAGAUAUGAAGAGGCUUUGCAGAUUUACCGAGAAGCUGUGUCCCUUCAGCCUUCCCAAAGGGAACUCCGCCUGGCACUGGCUCAGGUUUUGGCCGUGAUGGGUCAGACAAAAGAAGCUGAAAAGGUGACCAAUCACAUUGUGUCAGAGGAGACUGGGUGCCUUGAAUGCUAUCGCCUGUUGUCUGCCAUCCACAGCAAGCAGGAGCAGCACGACAAGGCACUUGAUGCUAUAGACAAGGCUCUGAAGCUGAAACCAAAGGACCCAAAAGUUGUAUCUGAACUUUUUUUCACAAAAGGAAAUCAACUAAGAGAGCAGAACCUUCUUGACAAAGCUUUUGAGAGCUAUAAAGUGGCCGUGGAAUUAAAUCCAGAUCAAGCACAGGCCUGGAUGAACAUGGGUGGAAUCCAGCACAUCAAGGGAAACUACGUGUCUGCAAGAGCUUAUUAUGAGAGAGCCUUACAGCUCGUUCCAGACAGCAAACUGCUGCAGGAAAAUCUUGCCAAAUUGGAUCGUCUAGAAAAAAGAUUACAAGAAGUUCGAGAAAAGGAUCAAACGUAGCAGCAUUUGACCAAGUCUCCAAGGGACAGUACUGGUGCCUUUGGAAGAGGAAGAACUGACAGACGGAAGCCUUGCUUUCACAUCAGUUGGGGCACAACCGAUGAAGUUUUCCUCUUACUCGAGUUCAGGGUGGCACAUUUUGGGACACCUGCUGGUAACCCUGUGCUGGGGACUUGCAUUUCCAUGAAAGAAGACAAAAAGAGCAAGGAAGGGCUAAAAGGCCUGAAGGAAGGAAAACAGCAACUACACAUUUUACAGAUUUGUGUUUGCUUUAAUUCCAGAUUUCCUUUCAUAUAUUUGUCUGCUUUUCCAACCUGGAAAUCUAAUUCCAUUUCUUAGUGUAGAUACUUGUGUCUCAGAAAUAGAGGCUUGAAAUGCUAUGAAUGCAUGGCAUCUCUUCUUUAUGAGAGGAGAUAUUUCAGAGAGGAUAAAUCCUCUGGGAUAAACCAUUUGGGAAAUUCUACCAAGAGGUAACUCAUUUAAUUCUCCAGAACUAGAAAUGAGUAUCUAACAGUUUUUGUAAAACCUUCUGGAAUACAUGGGGAAAGGGGCUAUUGUAAGAUAAAGCUAAGUAAGGUUUGUCUAAUAUCCUUCUGAGGAUAGUGCUAGAGCCCUAUUGAGAAGUAAAUUAAAUUCCACUCUGAUACAAGCUGUUUUCCCAUUGCCUAAUAUGUUGAAAAGGAAGCUUCUGGAAUUGUGUACGAGUAUUCUUAUUCCUAGGGAAAAAUCAAGGGUCUUGCUACCCCUGACUCUUCAUGGAAAUGUUUUAAAUUAAUUUUAUUACAGGUAUUACUAGAGUAGUGGUUCUGCUCUAAGAUUUCGUAAGUGCUUUUAAAACUCAUAAAUGUUUCUGCCUCCAGAUAUAUUGUUAUUUUGGUGGAGAAAAAAAUAGUAUAUUCUACAUGAGAAAUAUUAAAGAUAUUAAUUGAGAGAAAUGUUCUACUUUAUUAUCUUAACAUUCAGACGUUCUGAGAUUAUUUUUUGAAAAUAUAUUUAACCACUGAGGAAUCUUUAUGGUAUAUUACAGAAAUCUUCAUAGACUCUAAAUAGAUGGACAGCUCUAUUGAUUUGUCUUCCUAGGCUUAAUCAGAAUUCUGUGCUUAGAACAUGAAUGUUAGAACCUGCAGUUCCUGGUUCUGUAUUUGUAAUUUUGGAGAUUUCAUGGAGAAUGCUCAAAAAAUCUAGGAAAAAAAGUCUAAAUUCAUAAUUUUAAAAUAUAUAUUUAUAGUUAAAAGAUAGGGAUGGCAAAGUUGAAUUUACAAUUUGACAUUUGUCUUUUAGUGUUAUUUAUUUCAUAACUUAUAAAAUAUUUAAUAUAUACACACUUUUUUUCCCUGUACAUAGUGGUUUUAAUAGCAGUUUUCACAACUGAUCAUACAAAAAUUAUAAAUCUAAAUUACAAGGUAGUUAAGUUUUAACAGCCCCUAAAAAAAUCUGUCUUGACUAUUUACUUGCUAAAGCUAAAGAAAUUAGGAAUCAGCCUUCAGUGUUUGGGAGGUAAUAUAUUUUGAAAUUGAAGAAAUUGGAAUACUGAUUCUCAUUUGGUUUUCAUCAUAAACUUAAAAAAAAAAAAAACCCACUCUGGUCAGUGCUGUUCCUGGUGCUAAGCCAGGUGUCAUACACAUGUAGGAGCCUGAAGGCACACGUAUGUCACAUGCUCAGGCCAGAGCAAGAAGCCUUCUGCUUCUUUUCAACCCCGGUAUCAGAGACCACUGCCUCUCUAUGUUGUUAUUAUGAUUUUUUUGUCAAGGUAAAUCUAGAUAAAAGGAGGAAAAACUUCUUUGGAAAGGGAUGAUGCCAGGAAUAUUUUAAAUGCAAAGGAUUACAGAAUUUGAAUUAGCAAAUUCUGUUUGUGUGUAUUCUGUUUGUGUAUAUCAAUAAUCCAAUAAUGUAUAUAUUACCACUCUGAUCUCCUGUUUCUAAUAGUCUUUUAAUGUUAUAUAUCAUAAAUGUAUCCAAAAUUUCAUUUAAAAUAUUUUUAUUCCCUCCCAAAUUAUACUUCUGUAGUCCUAAGGUCAAGAAAUGUACUACAGUAUUUAUUGUAAAAUAACUACUCCAUCCCCAAAAUGAGAAACAUGAAGCCCUAGCUAAAAACAAUAUCUAGGACUUUAAUUACAACUUUUUAGUUUUAGUGUAACAAAAACUCAUACUUAGAAAGUUAAUGGAAAAGAUAGAGCCCCAAAUUUUGAAAAGCAAUUACGCCUUACUUGAAGGGCUGCUAAAGACAGGCGAGUACAUUUGUUGGAAUAAUUGAAAUGGCUAUUACAGCCUAAAAGUUUCUGAGAGAAAAUGGUCACUGGCCUUCAAGAGACUUUUCCUGCCUUCUUUUGGGUGCUUUUCUCUUUCUCUGUUCUCUGUCUCUCUCUUUCUCUCUCCCCCUCUCUCUCCU